UUGAGUUCUAUUCCUGUCCUUGAUGGGACAAAUUUUAAGGAAUGGAAAGAGAACAUUUUGAUUGUUCUUGGCUGCAUGGAUCUAGACCUUGCAUUAAGAAUUGAUCGACCCUCUACUCCUAAGGACUCUAGUUCUUCUGAAGAAAAAUUAGAGUAUGAGAAAUGGGAUCGCUCAAAUCGCAUAAGUCUUAUGAUCAUAAAGCGUGGGAUUCCUGAAGUCUUUAGAGGUGCUGUCCCGGAUGAGAUAGAUACAGCUAAAAAUUUCCUUGCUGAGAUGGAAAAACGCUUUGUAAAAAGUGAUAAGGCUGAAACAAGUUCUUUGCUUCAGAAUUUAAUUUCCAUGAACGCCAACAAUGCAUUUCUACAUGAUGAUUUAGAAGAAGAUUUGUAG